UUGUAAGGGAGGAGGACUCUCUAGUGAGUGCUGUGUCACUGGACCCUUGUCUCCCGAGUGUGCAUUUAAUCCUUAAGAGGAGUCGUGUGUGGGUGUGGGUGUGGGUAGGUGGUGUGUAUGUGUGUUUGUGUGCUUGAGGCUUGUCAGGUAAGAGAGCAGAAAUGUUGCACUAGCUGUAGCCUUUGCAGUAGUGUGUGAGGGUUUAGCAAAAUUAAUCUCUUUUAGCUUGGUAGUAAUUCUGACCGUGACAAAGUGCACUAGGCGCCUCACAUAAACUUCUUUAAUAUGCGUUGUUGGGAGCUUACAGCAAAUAGACAAUCAUGGUGGUUUGUUUUUGAUUUGUCGGGGUUUGGGUUUUCCACGGCCUUGACGAGAUGAGUCGGAGGGAUGGAUUGUUCCACAGUAUAUGCGCCUUUCUUCUCCUGGGCUCAUAGCCUCUGGGUUUGGAUGAGUUUGAGCUCUGGCUUAGACUGGCCCCUGACUUCAGGUGCACGGUUGCUGUUUCCUGUCUAGAUGUCCUUUGGGUUCAUCUGUUACCCCAAAUGUAGGCAAGGGAAGGGUAAUUCCUGCAGGGCUGUGAGGGUGAAGGUAUAUAACACAUAUGGAUAAGGUGGGAUGUCUCCAGCCAGUGCUUGGUGAGCUUGUUGUUCCGGUGUUUGCUCAGAAAACUCUUACUGUACUGUCUCCAGGGAGAACAGGUUGACCCUUAUGGAAGAAUCCUGUGUACUGGACCUAUCUCAGUAAUGCCCUUCCUGCCAGGGCUCCUCUGGGUGUCCCAGGUUCCUUUCCUCCCAGCUGUCUUGUCUCACUCCCUGCACUCUCAUGAGGGGGCAGAGCUGGUGGUCCUUCCGUACACAACUGGCAGUGAUAAAGACUCCCCUGAGAUGUCCCUGCCUCUUAUCUGUGUGGGACAGUGUCCUGGACCACGCCUGCUUCAUCGGCUACAGAGACCAAUGGGGAGACCCAGGGGCUUGUGGGUACCACUGGCAAGGAUCUUGAUCUGAAUUUUAGUCUCAUGCCUAUGUUAGCUUUGUGGUUCUCCUCACAGUAAAACAUGGACAAGGCCUGUUCUCCUGUUCUCCGCUGUCAGAAGAAAGAGUGCAGCAGCUGCCCCAAGCCCUGUGCUUGGCAACAUUCCCCCCAAUGAUGGGAUGCCCGGAGGCCCCAUCCCGCCAGGUUUCUUUCAGGGUCCUCCGGGGUCACAGCCCUCGCCGCACGCACAGCCUCCACCUCACAAUCCCAGCAGCAUGAUGGGACCCCACAGUCAGCCUUUUAUGUCACCGCGAUAUGCAGGCGGCCCCAGGCCCCCGAUCAGAAUGGGAAACCAGCCUCCAGGAGGAGUUCCUGGGACACAGCCACUGCUGCCCAAUUCCAUGGAUCCCACACGACAACAAGGUCACCCCAACAUGGGAGGAUCAAUGCAGAGAAUGAACCCUCCCCGAGGCAUGGGGCCCAUGGGGCCUGGCCCACAGACUGACCCUUGGUUAUCGUUGCAGAAUUACGGCAGCGGCAUGAGACCACCACCCAACUCCCUCGGCCCCGCCAUGCCUGGGAUUAACAUGGGCCCAGGAGCUGGCAGACCCUGGCCCAAUCCCAACAGUGCUAACUCAGGAAGGCAGCUCCAAUCCAUGGCUCCCGAAUCUUCUUUCCAGAUCCCGUACUCCUCAUCAUCACCCGGAACCUAUGUGGGACCCCCUGGUGGUGGUGGCCCUCCAGGAACCCCCAUCAUGCCUAGUCCUGCAGAUUCAACAAAUUCCAGUGACAACAUCUACACAAUGAUUAAUCCUGUGCCGCCUGGAGGCAGCCGGUCUAACUUUCCAAUGGGUCCUGGCUCAGACGGCCCAAUGGGAGGCAUGGGCGGCAUGGAGCCCCACCACAUGAAUGGAUCCCUAGGAUCAGGUGACAUAGAUGGACUUCCAAAAAAUUCUCCUAACAACAUAAGUGGCAUUAGCAAUCCUCCAGGCACCCCUCGCGAUGACGGCGAGCUAGGGGGGAACUUCCUCCACUCCUUCCAGAACGACAAUUAUUCUCCGAGCAUGACGAUGAGCGUGUGACCCCCUCCGAGACGCUGGGAGCCAGCAUUGCAGGCAGAAGAUGCCAAGAAUUAUGCAAGAAGUGAGGUGUCCAUACCAGGAGCUGGGGGAGGGCAUCUCCUGCUCCCUCCACCCUCCCAUUCACUCCCCCACCUUCCCCAAUUUUAGUUUCAUGCAAUAAAAAGGCCAAACUUUUAUUCCGUAAAACAUGAAGGACAAAACUCAAAAAUAUAUUUCAAGUCAACGGCCAGAAAACUCUCACCUUCUUCCCGCCCAAAAGGACCUUUCUGUACAUGACACUUUUUGUUGGUUUUUUUGUUUGUUUGGGAUUUUACCGUUGCUGGGAUUUUAAAUUUGUUUUUUUUUUCCCGGGGUGGGGGGUGUUCUUUGGGGGAAUUUUUUUUUUAAUGGAAGCUUCUAGCAAGCCCUAUGCCCCACCCCAAUCAACCUCUUUGCUUUCUUCUUUAAAAAAAGGAAAAAAGGAAAAAGAAAAAAAAGGAAAAAGAAAAAAAAGGCCAAAAAAAAAAAAAAAAAAGGAAGAAAACCCCACAAGCCCUGCUGUCUGUCCCCAAGUCCUACCACCAGAAAAGCUGGUCUAGGUGUGCAGUGUCACACUGACGUUGUAGCCAUCUAAAAUAAUAAUAAUAAACUGGACAGUUUGCAAUUGCUGGUUUAUUUCAAAAGCUGUUUGGGGAAAAGGAACAGAAACCAACCCUUUCCACAUGGGCCUUGGGGUUUGCAAAGCUGGGCGAGGAGAUGCAGGUGUCAGCUUUGCUCUGGCUUGACUGGCCAUCACAACACACUGGGCCAGAGGACCCAGAGCCUGCUGUCACCCAACAGAGACCAUCGCUGUGAUCCAGCGUACACACUGUUCCAGGAUGGCUGCCUCUUCUCCAGACCUCUCGUGCCAAGCCACUGGGGCCUCCAGUCUUUCGAUCCCCACCGUUUCCUGGCAAGAGUCCUGCUGGCUGGGUAGUGGCCCAGGCCAAGGAGGAGAGGCCCCGCCAACGGGAUGACUACAAUCUGGGCCAUAGCCCUGACCUCCAUAUUCUGGUCCCGAGCUCCUCACAUAGUGCGCACUGGCAGGGCAGGCUGAGGUUGUGGUUUUCUUUUUUUUCCUCCUGUUUGUCCUUUUUCAGAGAUGGGUGUUGGUUGGAAUUGCUCUGUAUUUGCUUGGGACUGGAUGGACAGACUUCGGCAUUGCUGUGGGGGUGGGGGAGCACCAGCAACCAAACAGACACUGUUUCUGGUCCUGUUUUUAUUUUCAAAAACCGAUGAACCUGAUGAUGGAGCCUGUCCCCUCCGAGGAGGGGUGACUUGGCUGCCCUGGCCUCUCCCCGUGGCAACCUUUGUGUCUUGCCCCGGAAGACACUGAGUUCAUUGUACAUGUACACCCUCUGCGCCCUGCCCACCCUUGUAGCUGGUCUUUGUUUUCUUACCUCCCCUUUCUGACCCAUGUAUAUCAUAUUAUGUGAGAUACCAUCUGCCUGAAAAAAGACCUUGUGCGGAUUCUUGGGAACAUUGUAGCUGUUUCUGUGUUUUUUCUUACCUUGUAGUCUGGUUCUGAAUUAUGAGAGGAAAAAAAAAGUAAUUAUGAUA